CCAAGAGUAUCGCAGAACAAUUAUGGAGAAGCAAUCAAGAAAGAAGAUCACUUGGACGAUUAAGAACUUCUCAUCUUUACAAUGCCAGAAACUUUGUUCUGAUCCCUUCGUUGUCGCUCGUUGUAAAUGGCGCCUUUGUACCUAUCCCAAGGGAAAGAACGUUGAUUACUUGUUUCUGUUUCUUGAAGUCGCCGAUCAUGAUUCACUGCCUUGUGGAUGGAGAAGAAACGUCCGAUAUUCCCUAAGUAUAAUCAAUCAAAACUCCGUAAAACGCUCCAGGCAAAACGAUGAACAAAAGUGGUUUGAUGAGAAAACUCCCCGUAGGGGUCGUGUAUCCAUGUUUCCCCUUAAUGAAAUCCAUGCCAAAGAGAGUGGAUAUUUGGUAAACGGAGAACUCAAGAUUGUUGCUGAGAUUGAGGUUAUUGAAGUUCUUGGCAAGUUUGAUGUAACAGAGGAAACUUCAACAAUAACAGAAACCAUGGAUGUUAAUGGCUUUCAACUUCUUCCUUCACAGAUGGAACUUGUGAGCCGUUUGUUAGAAAGACACCCAGAUAUUGCAUCUGAGUUUAGUACAAAGAACCCAAAUCUUAGGACGGGUUACAUGAGCUUGCUACUUAGUAUUAUUGAAACUCUGCGUCACUCGCCUCACGAGCUCUCCAACACUGAUCUGGCCGAGGCAGAUGCUGCUUUGGGAUCCAUGGCAAACGCUGGAUUUAAAUUGGAUUGGUUGGAGAAUAAACUUGAUGAGAUGGCUGAGAAGAAGGAGAAAGAGGAGGGUGGUGAGAUUCGAGUGCGAGAAAUCGAGGAAGAGCUGAAGGAUUUGAAGCAGAAGUGCUUAGACUUGGAAGUUCAGCUGGAGAAGGAAAAACUAGAGUUGUCGGCUGCAAAAGCUCCUAUCUCAUUCGAUGAUGUUAUGUAAUGUUUUUGAGUUAUUAGGUACUUGGAGGUUUUUAUUUGGUGUUCUUAUUCGUUUUCAAUCUUGGUUCUGUGAUAUUGUUUGGAUA